GCCACUUAUCAACAAACAUUAGAGUAGACGUAAACUAAAAUUUGUUGGCUUUGCCAAUAUUGAAUAUUCCGAUAAAGUUCUAUUAGUAUAAAUAAAUCUAGACUAGUCUAGGCCUCUUCUAGUUCUCGUCUAGUUCUUUUGAAUGUAUUACUGUUUACCGUCUCAAUCUAAUCGAGAAAUUACUUUUUAUUAGGCCUACUGUACAAAAUUUAAUAAUCUGCUGAUCUCAAGCUCAAGUAUCUGUCGAUCUGAGUCUGAGUAUUCGGGCGAUGUAGACUAGACAGUAGAGUAAUGUAGACUUUCUUCUGAUUUCUUAAGCUACUAGAUCUAGCUAGAUUACUAAAUUAAUUAUUAUGGCUUCACAGUCACACCGAACAUCGCAUGACCCAACUUUGAUUGGGGAUGCUAAGUCUUUGCUUUGGGGUCAUUCAUUAAAAAAUGAUGUUUUCUCUCGUUGGGCACAAGGAUUUGUUUUCAGUGAUAAAGAAUCAACAGCUUUGGUGCAGUUAGAAGGUGGACCAUGUGCUGUUAUAGCUCCUGUACAGGCUUAUAUAAUCAAGUGUGGGCUCUUCAGAGAUGGAAGCAGCAACAUAGACACCUUCAGAUCAUCAUCCAAUGAAAAAGCCAAUCAAUUUCUUGUCGAGGCCUUGUUUGAAAUCUUGUCAAAGCUGCACAGCUCAAGCUAUGUAUUAGUGAGCCUGAAACACCAGUCCACACUACAGCAAAGAGAUGAGGAGGGUGAAGGGAGUGUUACCAAUAAUAAAACUGAGCUCAUUUCCUCCAAGGAGACUAAAACAAGAGAUCAAAACUAUUUUCACGAAAAUCUUAAGUAUUAUCACUGCAAUGAUCUAGAAGAGUUAAAAUUAGCUUUAAACAAAUCUCUACCAGAAUUCCAGUCCAAAUUUGGAGUUUUAUUGUAUCUUUAUUCUCUAGUACUCUCUAAGGGAAUUCAGCAAAUAAAAAAUGAAGUAGAAGAUCCAACUGAGCCAUUGAUAGAUGGGACUUAUGGACAUGGCAGUCAGAGCUUGAUAAAUUUGUUGUUGACAUCACAAGCUACAUCCAAUGUGUGGGAUAAUGAGAAAGAUAUUGCAGGGCUUAAGCUCAGAGGCAUACAGAAGCAGUCAGCUGUUGGGUUUCUUACAUUGUUGGAACACAUGAGAUAUUGUGAGGUUGGAUGGUUCUACAAGAAUCCUAUGUUUCCUGUCUGGGUUUUGGGAAGUGAAACUCAUUUGACAGUAAUGUUCUCUAUGACUGAAAAACUAGUUGUAAAAGACUAUUCAGCAGUUAAUGCAAUGCAGGUUUUUUCACAGUUUGAUCCUGAAGGUAACGGAUUCAUUUCAUCCACGCUAUUGGAAGAUGUUUUGAAAAGUUUAGAUUUAGUGGCAGAAAAAGAAUAUGUAGAUAUCAUGACAGAAAAGAUGGACAGUGAAGGCCUUGGAAUAAUUACCCGCAACUGUUUUAUGGAAGAGUUUUUCCCUUAUGAACCGUCUGAUUGCCCAAGUUCUUUCAAUAUCUAUCAUUACAAUGGACUUCCACAAUCUUGUGUAAAUGGCACAGUUUUAUAUGCGGAAGGCAUGGCUGUACUGGCUGAAGAAGUGGACAUCCAGUUUGUUACUGACACCAGCCCUAUCAAGUUGUGUCUGCAGACUAAAUGGCCUUCUUUAGAAAUAACUUGGCUCAACAGUGCUCCACCUUCUCUCAACUGAAGUUUUUUAAAUAAAUUAAGGUAGCACAUAGCAGACUGUAACUUACACAGUUCAUAACAAGAUGUAUUUAUUUUUAAAACUGGUGAUAGAUACACUGGGGAAAAAAUGUGAAUUGCUGCAUAUCCAUCUUAUAAAAAAUUAAUUUUUAACUCGCUAUAAUGUUAGCAUUUUUUUAAUUGCACUGCAAGAAAAUUUAAGAGAAACAAAGAUAUUUCACCAUCACUGCAGUAUAUAAUCAAACCUAAGAUUUCAAGCAUUUAUUUUGCUUGAUCAUGAAGCUGGUAACAUACAGUUGGUGCUGCCAGGAGCAAGUUCAGUGUGUGUUUAUUGUCCACAUGCCACAAACAUCCAAGGCAUUGAUUUCCUUAAUAUUAACUAAUAAAGUUGAGUAUAACAAAACAUUGCUAAAGAACAUAAAGAAACUGUUUUAGGGGGGGGGGGGGAUGACUCAUGAUGUUCACAUUGAAAGUAAACAAUAACUGAUUUUUAUAUAGUUGAAAAGUGACUCAGGACAUUUAUUAUUAUUGCUUUUUUUGUUCACUUUGCAAAACCCUAGUCAACUAAGUGUAAUUUAAAAUUUCUCAGGUUAGUCUGUAUUUACUCAUUUUUAAAGAUAUUUCCAUUUGAAAUAACAUCUGUAGAUAAUUUAAUUUUUACAAGUGUUUUGAAUCAAUUUGGAACAAAAAUCUAAAUGUAAGAUAGAUCAAAUUAGUUUUCAGUCUUUGGUUAUCCAUCAGCAGUUAAACAGAUGUAAAGAUUAAUUUUUUACCUUUGUGGUGCUGAUUAAAUAUUGUUUACAUUACAAACACCUUCUCAAGCAUCAAAUGCAAUAUACUUCCCAAAUGUUUGUGUCAGUAGCUUAACUGGAAAAAAAGCAUUUCUUUGUGGCCUUGUAUAAUUUAAGCAUUUACAUGUUGAAGACUGGUUUUUGGAUGGAAGUAAUUAUUGAAACUAAGGUCAACUGUUAAUAAUCCAAUUUCACUGCAUUCAAUGUUCUCUUCACUGUUUCACUGUGCUAAGUGUUUUAUUUGCAGUAUGUGGUGUAUAAAACAGUAAAAGAGUUUAUAAAUAAACUCGAUUUUUUUU